AAUAGUGUUGACUUUCUAGGGCGAUUAUUUCGAUUCGAUUCUUUUGAUGAUCGAGUCGAACGAAAACUUAUCUGUCGUGGGAAUUGACGUGACGUGACAUUGACAUUUGUUUGUUUAUAUAUCAUUAUCACCUCUACAUGGUUCAUAACCUCAAUAUCUGGAAAAUUACACUUUGUAUUAAUUAAUUAUUUAUAUACAAAAUAAUGACUACACCCAAUACGAAAGUCGAAUGUGUGUUGAAUUCCCUAAUAAGGAAUUAUUUCAAAGGAUCGUUAUUAUUUUCUGUACAGCCUGAAGAUGCUGAACUAAUGACAUGGGCAACCCAAAGAGCGUUUCUUGAUGCAACAGUUCACAGUGAAUUAUUAAAACGCUAUCCAGUUAAAAACGAGUUUUCGAAACUUUUUUUUAAGAAACUUAUUAAUUUUCUUGAACCUUAUCAAGAAGUUCACGAUGAUAUUUACGAAUUCCUCUGCGCAGCAAUGAAAAGUGAAAGUUCAGAUAUGUUUUGUUAUCGGCAUUACGUUAUUGGAUUUGACCUUCAAGACAUUAUAACAAUAAAGGAAACAAAUAACAUGGUUGUGAAUGGGACCACUGGGAUGCGAACUUGGGAGGCUGCUCUAAUGCUAGCAGACUGGGCGCUGUGUAAUAAAAAUGCAUUUUUACAUAAAAAUGUAUUAGAACUUGGCUCUGGUGUGGGUUUCACUGGGAUUACCAUAGCAAAACACUGUAAAAUCAAGUCUUUAGUUUUAACUGACUGUCAUGAGGAUGUGUUGAAAGCGAUCAAUGAAAAUAUUUCUAUUAAUUUUCAUGAAUACAUUAAUGCAAACGAUAAUGACAUGAUUGAAGAAGAAAGAAAUUCGCGGCCAAAUAUAGAUGCCAUGAUGUUGGAUUGGAACGAUGACGAUGAAAUACCUAGUUGUUUGGUGCCUGACAUAGUAAUUGGAGCAGACAUAGUAUAUGAUCCUUCAAUACUGCAACCACUUUGUAAUGUCCUAGAAAGAUUGUUUGACAGGAAUGUUGAAUUAGAAGUUUAUAUUGCUAGUGUUAUCCGCAAUGAAGACACUUUUAAUGAUUUUCUUAGGAUAUUAGAAAAAAAUGAUUUAUCAUUUUGUAAAAUUUCGCUGGAGUGCAGCAAAUUCAUUGAUUGGGACUACAACAAUGAACAGAGAUGUUUACUAAAAAUAAUAAGAAAAAAUAAAAAUAUUAUAUUAUAUGAAAGGCUUUUAGUUUCAGCUCCUGUUUCACAGCCACAAAUAAGUACAUUUAGGCAUAUGAGAUAG